AUGACUGAAAGUGUAGAGCAUUGUUCUGCUGCUGUCACUGAUGAAGAUAUGAAUGUAAGAGUUUUCAAAACACCUACUCAACCUGUGCUUCCUAAGAUAUAUUAUAAUUCUAGUGGUGAUAAAGAGUAUAUCCUAGGUUGCUCUUUGGAAAACAAACCUAUUCUUGGAAUGAAAUUUGAUAGUCUUGGAGAUGGUAUUGCCUUUUAUUACAAAUAUGCUAAUGAGUGUGGAUUUAAAGUCUGUUCUAGUAAUACUAAAGUAGAUAAAAAUAAGGUUGGUUCUAAUAAUGGUAAAGGAGUUACUGUAAUUAAAUAUUUAUUAUAUAGCAAAGAAGGGUAUGUGACAAAUAACAAGAAAGCUGGUAAACAAGUUAAAGGUGCAUGUUUAAGGAAAAAGACUGUGAAGAGAGUUCGAUGUCCUGCUAAUAUUAAAUUUAGGUUUUGUAAUGGUGGCCAGUAUAUGGUUUACUCUUUUUAUGAGUCCCAUUCUCACCCUUUUUCUACACCUAUUACUAGGCAGGUUACUAAAUAUGAAGUUAGUUUAAAUUUUGCUCAUAAGAAGUUUAUUUUUGACAACUCAAAGUUAAAUAUAGGGGUUGUUAUGUCUUAUAGGAUCAUGAAAGAACUUUGUGGUGGGUUUAAAAAUGUCAGGGGCAAUAAAAACGACUUCAAAAAUUUUUCUAGGGACGUGAAAGUUUAUAUCUCUAAUGCUGAUGGUGCAAUGCACUUGACACGUGUUUUUUGGGCUGAUGCUAUUGGUAGAAGAGAUUAUCAAUUGUUUGGGUACUUUUUAUCUUUUGAUUCUACCUAUGAUACAAAUAAAUACUCAUUGGUUUUCUGCUCUUUUACUGGAGUUGAUAAUCAUAAGAGAUGUGUUACAUUUUGUGCUGCUUUAUUAUCUAAAGAAGAUGUAGAAUCUUUUGUGUGGCUAUUUCAAACUUUUUUGAAGUGUAUGGGAAGAGAACCCUCUUGCAUAAUCACUGAUCUAGACCCUGUAAUGGGUAUUGCCAUACAAAAGGUUUUUACCAAGCACUAA